CCGGCGCCUCGGUGUUGGCUCCAUUCAGUGGCGGAUUCUGCGGCGGACGCAGCUCCGGCGGGCGGGCGCUGCUCUCGCUCAGUAGGAACAGGUCUUCGGCCGGCAUCGCUCAGCGGGCAGCAGCCGCAGGAGGAGGCAGAUCCCGUUCUGGUGCCCCGAGGAGGGAGGAUGCUGUCCCGACUGCGCGCGGCCGCGGCGCCCUGCGCCCUGGCGCGGCACGGCCUGCACACCAAGGAGAAGGGCAAGCCGCUGAUGCUGAACCCGCGCACCAACAAGGGCAUGGCCUUCACCUUGCACGAGCGACAGAUGCUGGGGCUGCAGGGACUCCUCCCUCCCAAAAUAGAGACACAAGACAUCCAGGCCUUACGCUUCCACAAGAAUUUGGCAAAAAUGACUGACCCCUUGGAGAAGUACAUCUACAUCAUGGGGAUCCAGGAGAGGAACGAGAAGCUGUUCUACAGGGUGCUGCAGGACGACAUCGAGCGGCUGAUGCCCAUCGUGUACACGCCAACCGUGGGCCUGGCCUGCUCCCAGUACGGGCACAUCUUCAGGAGGCCGAAGGGGUUAUUUAUUUCCAUCUCAGACAGAGGCCACAUCAGGUCAAUUGUGAACAACUGGCCAGAGAACGACGUUAAGGCUGUUGUCGUCACUGAUGGAGAAAGAAUCCUGGGUCUUGGAGACCUGGGGGUGUACGGGAUGGGAAUUCCGGUGGGAAAGCUGUGUUUGUACACAGCCUGUGCAGGGAUACACCCGGAUAAAUGCCUGCCUGUGUGCAUCGACGUCGGGACUGAUAACACAACGCUCCUGAAGGAUCCCUUCUACAUGGGGCUGUACCAGAAGAGGGACCGCUCGCAGGUCUACGACGACCUGAUCGAUGAGUUCAUGGAAGCCAUCACGGACAGGUACGGCCAGAACACGCUCAUCCAGUUUGAAGACUUUGGGAACCACAACGCUUUCCGAUUCCUGCGGAAGUACCGGGAGAAGUACUGCACCUUCAACGACGACAUCCAAGGGACAGCCUCGGUGGCCUUGGCAGGGCUGCUGGCAGCACAGAAAGCCACGGGGAAGCCACUCACAGACCAGAAAGUGCUGUUCCUCGGAGCGGGAGAGGCCGCCCUGGGCAUCGCCAACCUCAUCGUCAUGGCCAUGAUGGAGGGCGGCGUUUCCUACGAGGAGGCCUCCAGGAGGAUAUGGAUGUUUGACAAGCACGGCUUGCUGGUGCAGGGCCGAGAGCAGAAGGUGGAUUCUAACCAGGAGCCGUUCACACACCAGGCUCCAGAGCACAUACCAAAGACUUUUGGAGAGGCAGUCAAUGUGCUGCGGCCUUCAGCUAUCAUCGGAGUUGCCGGGGCCGGCCGUCUCUUCUCGCAGGAGGUGCUCCGGGCCAUGGCCUCCAUCAACGAGCGACCCAUCGUCUUCGCGCUGAGCAACCCCACGGCCAAGGCCGAGUGCACGGCCGAGGAGGCCUACACCGCGACAGAGGGCCGGUGCCUGUUUGCCAGCGGCAGCCCCUUCGAGCUGGUCACUCUGAAGGACGGGAGGACCUUCAAGCCAGGCCAAGGAAACAACGCUUACAUCUUCCCAGGCGUGGCUCUGGCUGUGAUCCUCAGCAGCGUCCGGCACAUCAGCGACAAGGUGUUCCUGGAGGCUGCCAAGGCUUUGGCAGAGCAGUUGACAGAUGAAGAGCUUGCCCAAGGAAGACUUUAUCCUCCGCUGUCCAAUAUCAGGGAAGUUUCUAUUUAUAUUGCUGUCAAGGUGAUGGAGUUCCUGUACGCCAACAACAUGGCCUUCCACUACCCCGAGCCGGCCGACAAGAACCGCUACAUCCGCUCCAAGGUCUGGACCUACGAGUACGAGUCCUUCAUGCCGGACGUGUACGACUGGCCCGAGUCCAAGGUGCACUGACGCAGCCCCGCGCCCGCUCCGCAGGCAGCACCUCCUACUCUGCAGGGAUCCCCUCCUCAGACCAACUGUAACCACCAUCUUUGACUCCUCUAAUUUAUUUGUGCUCAUUUCGUUGCCUUUUUUUUUUUGUUUUUGUCGGUUUUUAUCGCCCCUGUUUUUCACCUGAUUCCUCCCAAGUACCUGAUAAACUGUACGGAUGAUGGCAUCUGCCACAGGGAUGAGAGAGCCUUCCAAAAUUAAUUUAAAUUACAACAUUUCUAGCUUAGAGCCAGCACCACAGGCAAGAAUUCUGUUGAUGAUAUUUUAGCUGCAUGUGUUUGAUGAUGAACUGUAGCUCUCUCAUCUCUGCUGAUCUCCAGAAUUAUUUAUUUCUGCCUUUUAUAAUCAGUCUUCUAAUCGUUCCAGUGUUGUCACACUGGAUUAGCUGUGACAUCAAGGGAGACCACUUGUCAUAGAAAAAAACCAAAAGGGCAGUUAAAGACAACUUCAAGAGUCUGAUGGGUCUUCUGUUUUGUGAAAUGUUUAAAGAUGCCCAUGUCCAGACAUCCUUGUGGCAUUGGCUGCUGUUUCCUUGAGGGGCAGCGAGAUGUACACCUGUGGAGGCUGCAGCAAAGUCUGCAGCUUUGUUUUCAUCACUCCAUGAAAUCUGUUCUCAGGAAAAAUGUGAGCUAGUUCAAAUUUUGUCCUUGGGAAGCCUGAAAAUGUGCUAAUCACUUAAUAGCUUUUAACAACAAAGACGUGCUGUUGCAGAAUAAAUUUUAUCUAGUAGAAGUAGGACCUGAAGUAAUUGAUGGAAAUCUUUUUAGAGAUUUUGCAAGGAGAUUUUAAGCAAAACGAUGCACCAAAGGAUCUUUACUUAAGUUUUAAAUUCUUUCAAGAUUCUGUUUUGUCUAAGCCAGGUUGCUGUCUCCCUCGCACCCCCUUGUCCUCACGAAAAGACUCGUGUGUGAUUUUGAGAAGGUGUUGAGAAGGCUUCCCCUGUGUGGGGAAAGAAGACUGAUUAUAUAAACACAGAAAAGAGUGAUGUGGGGAAAAAACUGUGGUGUUCACACUGUGGUAAAAGUGUUGUGUGGUGGGGCUCGAAGUGCUUCACUGCCAAGUGCUGGCGUGCACAUGGGUGGGAACUCGCACUUGCAGGUGAAUGUACAAAAGUCACCAACACACACAUAGGAUGUUUUUACAGAUUGCUUUCUUUCGCCUAUUUUUGCUAUGCCUUGUUUGUAUCGUAUUUAAAUUAGUGAUCUUACUGAGAAAGAAAUUAUUUAUUCGAUGUACGCGUUAUUUUUGCCUUCCGAAGCCUGUUGUGUUGUGCCAGUGGAGUUCUGCACCACUGGAUUCCGGAGCACUGGGAGCACACGCAGCCAGUCAGGCAGACGAGUAACAAAAGCACCCAAAAUGCACCGACCUCGUGUCCCAGCUGCGAGUGAUCACAGGGAAUAAGGAUCCACACCCACCCCUCAGUCUGUUUUGUUUCCAAGGGUUGCAGCUGCUGUCCGUAGCCAGGGGCCCCCGGUAGCCCCCAGAAAAAGCUGUAGCUUGGGGAAGCGGCUUCCCUUGGAAGGAAAUCCCGGGAAAAGCAGUCCCUAACAGAGCUGCAGGCCCUCAGGAGCGGCCCUGGGGUGUGCUGGGGGUCUGGUCUGGUGGAUUUUUCCCUUCAGUGUGCCCCCCUUGUUUUUCCUGUUGGCUACAGGUCACCCGUCAGCUCACGGAGUUAUAAGUCUGUUUCACUCUCUCUUUAGUCUUCUCCAGAAUUAUUUCUUUUUGAUGCAUAGAAUUUUAAGAUACCUAGAUUCACGUUCAGUUUUCCUUCAGGUACAAUUAAUCCUUGAACUAAUUACAACUGCUAAUCUUGCUGGCUAGUAAGGAACCAGUUUCCUUUUUCAUAUUCUACUUAACAUGAUUUGUUUCUGUUGGCUGCUUUAUUCAAAAUAAUAACCUUACUGGUCUUUAUCUGUACAGAAAAUUCUCUUAGGCAGUAUGCAAAGGGAAACAGGCGUCACCAGGAUGCAUUUUGUCACGUUACAUAGUGUAAGUUACAAAAAUACGUCACCUAAAGGACCACCUUUGGUGUUGUAGCUUGUCACACAGCGCCCGUGACUUGCCCUCCAAAUGAUUUUAUAAAAGACUGUCUUCCAUGUCUCCUUGGGGUAUGCAGAACCCCUCUGAGAGGAUCAGGAGCUUCGCUGAGGUCAGUCUUCUCCAGGAUUUGUCCAAUCCUUGCUCCUUAAAAUCAGCAGGAGCAGGACUGAGCCUCUUGGCAGCAGCCUGUAGGAGUGUGAAGGUAUCUAAGGAAGCACAGCCUUUCUUUAUAAAAUACUGUGGUUUUGUUCAAAGCUGUUGCACAGGUUUGUGUGUCCCUGAAGCCUCUGCUGGGGUGGGAGGAGACGAUUGAAAUGUCGUGUCCGAUACAUUUUGAACACCUCAGUGUGAGCGUGGCGCGAGUUCUCGGUUACAUUUGUGGACAGUGGUGCGUCCUGAUCCGUUGUGUUCGUUUCCCAAGCUUCAAACCAAGUGACACUUCACCUGCAGAGCGGUGCGUAACUGCGGUCGGCGCGUGUCCUUCCUCUUGUACUGUUGUUUCCAGCACGCUGUUUUACGGGGAUAAAGUAACUCUGUCUCACUCCGGUAGUACCCGCGAAGAUGAACGAUACAAUUUUUAGUUUCUGGGUAGCGGCCCUCCGCGGCGACUGUUCCUGUGGGAGAGUGGGGAUCACUAUUGUACAGCUCCCACCCGGGUUUCAGUCCGGCUGAACCUCCCCGUGCUUCCCGUUCUCCGUGGGGAUGGCAGGACUCGCCCCUGGCACCGCGGCAGCUGGACAGGGAGCUUCUGUCAGCACCUCCUGCUCCCCGACACGCGCCAGCUCCCCGCGCUCCAUCCGCUUCAUCUCAUCCAUUCUCCAGCCAGAUCCUUCCUAACGGGAAUAAAAAUACUCUCGGCGCAAACGAUGGCGGCUGUGUCAACAAAACAGCAAAGUAAUCUGCAUUUGUUUAUACCUUAAACAUACCUGGCCUUACGCAAAUCGAUGUGAGCCUGCCGCGGCGCUUGUGAGAACAGUUCCAGCCUGAUCCGUGCGGGGUUGGCUGUGCCUGGGAGGGUCACUGCCCAGCUGAAACUAAAACUGUAUGUAAAAUGUGAAGUGGUUGGGGUUUCUUCCUACUUUAUAACGUUGUAACUCUAUUGAAAUGUGUGUUCUAGUCUUCUAUUUUCUUAGUAAAAUGCAUUCCCUUUGC